AUGGGCUAUCUUGGUAACCGUGGAGCCUUUGGCCAAGACGCUCCGAGCCCCGGCGCCCCGAUCCCGGGCUACGGCGUCUUUGUCCCACGAUGGCAAGUCCCCUCCCCCGACGGUAGCGGAAAGAUGCUCUCCCUCCGAGGCACGAUUGAGGAGGUGGCGGUCCAGAUGCGCGAUAUACACCCGAGUCUCGACAUUGAUGACCAAUUUGGCAAGAUUGCGAUGCCGGCUAUCGGGAAGCGGGCGAGCUUUGAGGAAAAAGACCGGACGCUCUGUCACAAUUUCAGGGAGGGCAACAGGACGGCUGCGCAUCUUGGUAUCGAUGAUCUGCGGACCCUGCAGGGGAAGCCUGAGAACGGGGCCGGCCCUGCGAAUUGUGGACGGGCCAAAAGCUCCAAGCAGAUUGAUUCAUUCGCAGACAUUGCCGAUGGCGCCCAGCUCUUGUUGUCAAAGUGCAAGGACAAGCUGAACGCCAACCAAGGAAAGGCCAUGACCGUCAGCGGACAGGCUUUCCACAAGGAUAACUGGAACGUUGUUGUCCGAGGCGGCGACAACUGUGAUGAUGCUGGUGUUAACAUGCACCCCAAAGGUUCUCGGACUGUUCAGAGCGUAAGCGUCUUGGAGCAGUCUCAUGCUGUAGCCUAG